AUGUCGCUCUCGCAACUGGCCAAGAUGAUGCUCACCCAACCGUCGGCCUCGCUCCCUGUGGUCCUCCCCAUUUUGCUCACCGUGGUGUAUCUGGGGGUGAAUGCCGGGCUCAAGGGCUGGACUGCGCCGCGCGGCCCACUCAAGGUCUUCUCCAUCGUGCACAAUGCUGGCAUGUCUAUUUUCUCGGCCAUCAUGCUGGUCAAGACUGUGACCUUCCUCGCUGGCUACCCGGACAAGUCGUUCAUCGUCUACGGCUCGUGCCAUGACCUGAUGGACGUCCACGGCUCACCGCUGGAAAUGCUGGCGACGUACUUUUUCUGGUCCAAGGCAUACGAGUUUAUCGACACGUGGAUCGUCAUUCUCAAGGGCAAGCAGCCGAUCUUUCUGCAGACCUUCCACCACGUCGGUGCGGUGUGGAUCACGUGGGUGCUCACGGCAGCCCGGGCGGACUCAAUCUAUAUCUUUAUUGUCCUCAACUCGACCAUCCACACCAUCAUGUACUUUUACUACUUUCUCACUUGCUUUGGCUACCGGCCCAAGUGGUCGGUCCUCCUCACCUCGAUGCAGAUUGCCCAGUUCAUCAUCGGCCUCGCCUCAUCCAUCCCGUACUUUAUCGGCCUCCCCUGCAACGUCGGCCUGCACUACUGGGCCAUUGUCGCCAACAACGUCUACGUCGUUGCUCUCGUCAUCCUCUUUGUCUCCUUCUUCCGCAACAAGUAUCUCGCUGGCAAGGCUGCCAAGGCCAAGGCCUCGUAA